AUGGCGGAGCCGGCCGAUCAGGCAGAGGUGCUCAAUGACGCGCGCAUUCGUUGGCUCCUUGAUCGGCUGACAACCAUCUUCAAGCUGGGCAUCAAUCAGCUGCCCGAGCUGCUGGAUCAGUCAGACGUAGCUGCACAGGAUUUUGACGAUGUCAUUGCCUGGCUUGAGGCCCCCAAAACUGGGUUGCUAUCCUUCUGCAAACAGAUCAAGCUGGUUGACGCCGCUGCUGUUGAAGAUGAGAGUGCGAAUAACGGGGUGACCAGUCCCCACGAACAAACGGUCAUCACCAUCACUGUGGGCGCGCUCCCAGCGUCGGCUGCUGCCUUUCCCACGGUCUACUUUUUAAAACACAAGGCCCGGCCCUUGGAAGACGACCUGUCGCCCGAAGCCGCACACGACAUCCUCUCACAAUGCAUUGAGUAUGGCAGCCUGCAAGGGAGCUCUCUGAAAAGCCUCGAGAAAAUGGUCAGCCUUCUCUACGUUCCCCUCCUGACGAUGGCACAGCAGAAGACAGAGAGUUUGGCCAAUGCCAACGAUCCCCAACUACAAACCCUCCGACAACCGGGCAAUGUACUGGAGCUCUCCCAUGCCAUGGGUGACGACUUUCUGGCUGGCAUGACCAAGUUUCGAGACCACGUGCAACGCACGGUCCAGCAUUUGGAAAGCCAUGUGCGCAUUGAUGUGCCCCCCACCGUGCGCAAGCUCAUCGCACAGUGUCGCCGUGCCAGCGGACCCGACCCCGAGGCUGUAGCAGCCCUGUCGGCCCAGCUCGUCAUCUGGACCCAGGCCGUGGAUCGCCUGCUCGAGGAUGUGAAUCACAUGGAUCGCGAUGGUCCCGGACCCCAAGCUGAGCUUGACUACUGGGUCUCGCGUAGUACCUCCCUGACUGCAUUAACCGAGCAAUUGCAGGUGGCUGAGGUUUCGGAUACCCUCAAGACGCUCAAGCAGCUCAACGCUCCCGAGCUGGAGCAGUACAACUUCAGCGUGUCCCACCUGAACAAGCAGCGGGCUGAGGCCAAGGACAAUGUUCGCUUCUUAACGACCUUGGAGCGGCACUUUCGCCACCUCGCGCAAUGUCCAAGCCUGCCGCAAGUGACCGAGCAUCUGCCAGCGCUGAUGAAUGCGCUCCGCAUGGUCUGGGUCAUCUCCCGCCACUUCAACACGGAUGAGCGCAUGGUAGCACUGAUGGAACGCAUCGCUUGGCUGCUCUGCCAACGCGUCAAGCGCAGCGUUGUCCCACGCACCGUCCUCAAAAAGGAGCUGGCAACUGCCAUCGAGCUCUGUGAACAGGCUGUGGCGCUGUUGCAGGGUUGGGAAUCCAGUUACCUGGCCACACGCGAAACCAUCGAGCAGAACGGGCGUGAUGCGCGUUGGGAGUUUGAUCGCCAGCGUCUCUUCCGUCGUACAACCUACCUGAUUAGAGUGCUCAACGACCUCCGUCAGGUGGCUGGUAUCACACAGGAAUUCUUGAACAUCUUUGGCAACGAGCUCAAGAAGGUGACGGGUAAUCCGCAGGUCAUUCAAGACGUAGUCAAGCGUGUGCAAAAACUCGUCAACUUUGUGUCAGAACUGCCGUUUGAGCCUUUUGACGAGAAUAAUGCGACCGAGUGGGGUGCAAGCAUGGACGCUUUCUACGAACAAGUGGCUCAGAUUGAAACUCAGGCUGUACAGUUUAUCGACGAGUCCUUCCGCUCGCUGCGCAGUGCACAGGGGGCUUUUGAGAUGCUGCAAAACUUUCAGCACAUUCGCUCGCGUGAGACCAUCAAUCGCCAGCUUGAGCUCAAGUACGAGGAUGUUCUCGCAAAGUUUGCGCAAGAAGUGGCUGAGGUCAAGCGCAUCUUUUAUGAGCAAAAGGCCGAUCCGCCCCAUGCCGUCAACAUGCCGCCCGUCGCGGGCUCGGUCAAGUGGGCGCGCAGUCUCUUUGAGCGCAUCAAGUCGGCCAUCAUCAAGUUCCAGGAGCGUCCCAGCUUGCUGGAAUCCGAGGCUGGUCGUCUGGUCAGCGCGCAAUACCUGGAGGUUGCUCGCGAUAUUCAUGGCUACGAGCGCACGCUCCACAAAGAGUGGUCGCUCGGAGCUGAAGAGCGCUUGCCGCGCAUGCUAGCAGAAAACGUUCUCACGCUCACUGCAGGGCCCGGCAGCAAUGGGCCCCUGGCCAGCGCCUCCACUGCGCGUGCUGCCAGCAGCCGAGCAGCCGCGCUCGCCGCUAACGUCGACGUCAUCCCAGAUCCCAGCGCCCUGUUCAAUCGUCAUACCCGCCUCAAAGUCAACUACCUGCCCGAAUUGCGCAUCUUGAUGGCCGAGUCCAAGUACCUGGACAUUCUUGAGCUGCAAGUGCCAGAGAAGCUCGUCAAUCUGACUCUUCAAGAUGAGAAACACCAUCAACUUCAGCAUCAACUGCAACUGGUCAUUGACCGCCUUCAUGGCGUCCUCAGCAGCCUGGAUGCGGCCAGCGAGCGCCUGCUGGCGCUGCAUUUGAAGCAGUUGACAAUCUGCAUUUACCCGGGUCUGACCCGCAUCAACUGGACCUCGCUUGGCGUGGCCGACUUUGCGAGUCGCUGCGAAGACGCCAUGGAUCGCUUUGAGACGGUCUGGAAUCCCAUUCAGAAAAUCGCAACCGAUAUCCAAUACAACGUGGAGCACAUUCGCAACGCCAAGCUUUUUGCUCCGUACAGCGUCAUCAUGGAUGAGCGCGCGCGGGUUGCCGCGGACCAGCGGAGCAUGACCAACGCAGCAGCGGCUGUUGCUGCCUCCUCCUCGCCAGUUCCCGGCACGGUCAAUGUCGCCGAUGCCCGGCUGGAGGCAGCCAGCACUCUGCCGACGUUUGAGCACGAGGAAGUGCCCGAGGUCAUGGAAUUUGCUGCGACCGCCGAGUCGUACCGUGCUGAAAUUGAGGAGGGGCUUGUGGCGCGCUAUCAAGCGGUUGGUCCCCUCCUGUCCAAGAUUGCUGUGAGCCUGGGUGAGGAGAGCGCGGCCAACCUGGUCCUCUACUACGAGCACUGGGAAUCCGAAUUCUAUGAGGCAUUGACGGACAUGGUUCGUCUCAACUACGAGGCCAGCCUGGACGCCAUGCGAACGCACCCUGAAAUCUUCUGCAGCGUGGACGUGCAGUUGUCGGUUCCCGAAAUUGCGUUGGCUCCUUCAGCCAGUGAGCUCUAUCAGGUCUUCUCACGCUUCUUUCGCAACAUGCUUGACACGUGCAAAGCUUUUAUUCGCUGGCAGCGAGGUACCUGCCUACCUGCGCCCCCUGUCGUCGGACCAGAUGGCGAGCCCACCCCCUUUUCGUUCUACGACGACGUUUGCCAAGACAGCCGCGUGCUCAAUCUACUCGAGGAGUUGGAUCAGACAGUGCGCCGCAUGUUUGCGCUCGUCGGCAACUACCUUUCCGAGUGGAAGCGCUUCCGUCCGAUGUGGAAGAUUGAUAAAGCGGGUGCUGCCGACAAGUUUGCAAGUCACCAGCCCUCUUGCAUGGAGUUUGACGAAAAGCUGCGCGCCUAUCUGACUGUAGCUGACGAGGUGCGAACCAUGCCCAGCCAGCACAGUGUGCUCUUCGUUCAGCUGGAGCUUGACCAUCUCAAGGACAUUGUAGUUCAAGGUGCCGAUGCCUGGAUCAACAACCUGGGCCAAGCUCUCCUCGAUUCCGUCUGGCAGCUGGCCAGCGGCCUACAGGAGCGUAUUGAACAGUGGACCAAUCUCCUCAAGCUGGAGCCCGAUUCAUUGGACAAGCUCAAGUCGAUCCUGCGUGCGAUUGCCGAGGUCAAGGACAGUGGCCUGGACAUACAGCUUGCCCUUGAGGAUCUACAUGAGCGCUGCCGCACGCUGCGCAUGUACCCAGCCAUUGACGUGGACGAGGAGCGACUAGGCAUCGUGGCAACAGUGACCGCGGCUUGGGAGCGUGUCAAUCGCGAAGCGCGCGAGGUGGAUGAUGACUUGGUCUCGGUCAAGCACAAGUUUAGCCGCCUCACCGCAAAGGAGGUUGUGGCCUUUCACAAGUCCACCCUGGCAUUGGUUGAGGAGUUUGAUGCUGCAGGUCCAGUAGCUUCCGGAUCUGACAUGGACGAGGGCCUCAAGCGCCUGCACGACUUUCACGAAAAGCUGGCUGCGGCGGCCGAGACCCGCGCUGAGCUUACGGACGCACAACAGCUUUUUGGCAUGGACAUUCAGGCUUAUCCAGAGCUCAACGCACUGCAAACGACCAUGGAGCGUCUGGAAGUUAUUUUCGCCGUGUACCAGGCCCAGCGCGACAAGCGCGCGGAUUGGUCCUCCACACUGUGGUCGGACCUCAACGUCGAGGUCUUGGUUGCCGGUACAGAUGAGUUUAUCUUGCGUAUGAAGCGCAUGUCGGAGGAGGUGCGGAGCACGAGCCUUUGGCGCACUCUGUCCGAGAAGCUGCGCGACUUUAAGGGGUCCCUAGCGCUGCUCACAGACCUCAAGUCAGAUGCACUCCGACCCCGGCACUGGAAGCGCCUCAUGGAGGCCACCAAAAUCACCUUUGAUAUGAACCCCACCACUUUCACGCUGGGCAAGCUUUUUGAGAUGGA